AUGAAGGAUGAUGCAGAUACUCGAGAGAGUAAUGGAAGCACUAGAGUUCCAACUACGGGCGCGAUGCAGGGACCUCGUUAUAUAAGGACAUUAGGCUCACAGUCGCUAGGAGGUUUGGCAGGUAGCAAUAGUAGCAGGAGUUCAACUUCUCCACCAUACGAACAAGAUGAUGAUUCAAAAGAGUCAUCAUCAGUACCACAGUCGGCCUCAAUGACGGGCUCAUCAUCACAAAAUGCACAAAGGGAAGGUGGUGGUAAUGGAAGUAUAGCAUCACCAGCAGGUUCUCAAAAUUUAAGAGUUGCACAGGCCUGUGAUAGAUGUCGUUCCAAAAAAACGAGAUGUGACGGUAAAAGACCUCAAUGUUCACAGUGUGCCGCUGUAGGAUUUGAGUGUAAGAUAAGCGAUCGUCUAUCCAGAAGAGCUUUUCCCAGAGGCUACACCGAAACUCUGGAAGAAAGAGUCAGAGAACUAGAAGCCGAAAACAGAAGACUAGUUGCCUUAUGUGAUAUCAAGGAACAACAGAUUCACCUUUUCUCCCAGCAACACUCUCCAGGCGGUAGACGUAAAGACGAUGAAAGGAUGUUAAGAGAAUUGCAAUCGGCCAAUGGUGGAUCUUUGAACAUUUCCUCCACUAAUCUUUAUUUACUCAAUACAGGCUCGCAUCAGAGACAAGGACCACAGGGACCACAACAACAAGAACAAUUAACACAACAGAAGAGACAACCUCACGUUUGUGAUGGACUAUGUUGUGCUGGUAAAUUACAUGUAAAGCCAGUAUCAACCAAUUUAAACGACCCAACAUCCGUUUCCUUUGAACAGAGUGAAGCUCCUGGUUUACCGGCUGUACAGGCUCUAACCUCAGUUGCGACCCGGGAACAGAGCAACCAGUUAGCCACAUUGGUUGCAUUAUCUGUACCUCGAUCCACAGAGGAGAUUCUUUUCAUUCCUCAACUAUUAGCGAGAAUUCGUCAAAUAUAUGGUUUUACUUCCAAACAAUGUCUCUAUACCGUUUCACUAUUAUCUUCAUUGAAAUCGAGCUUACCAGAACCUCAUUUGGUGAAACAUGAGCCCUUGGAAACUCUAGCAUCAACAAAUUUAUGGGAGAUGGACGAUUUAGAACAAUUUUUUGCGGAAAUCUUCAAGUUUAAGUUAGAAUCUAAAUCGCCUUCCUCUUACAAGGGCGGUGCUCAAUUAAACCUUUCAGAAAUUGAAGAAUUGAUAUCUAUUUUCUUCGAACACUCGUCAAUCCAUAUUCCCAUUUUGGUAAAAGAUGAAUUUUACCACUAUUUCAAUCAAUUUAAAGAGAACGUAUUACAAAAUUUAGAAUUUUUGAAAACGCCCCUACAGGGUCCUGCCUUAACCGCCAGGCGCGGCAAGAUUAUCAGUUACAAAAUCUUUGGAUGUAUUAUUUUAAUGUUAUGUCAAUUGGGGUUAUUAUCAAAGAUUAAAGCGGAAAAUUUGGGAGCCACCAGCAAACACCAUAGGCUGGCUUCUUAUUACCACAAAGCAAUUUCAUUGGUAUACAUGAACCCAUAUUUUGGCGUCUUGUCAACUUCUUUACAAUCCUUACAGUUUUUGUCACUGGUUCUAUUCUAUUUCCUCAACAUUGGUAAUGUUUCUGCGAUUUAUGAAUUAAGAGGUAGGGUGGUAUCCAUGGCUCAACAACUUCGUUUACACCGUUGUCCUAGUGCUGUUCUUGGUGGCGCUGGAUCCACCAUGAAUAAAAGGGAGCAAGGUGAUCGCCGUGUUUUAUUCUGGGGGAUCUACUACUUGGAUGUAUUUUCUGCAUUACAAUUGGGCGUACCUCGUUUGAUAAAGGAUUUUGAAAUUGAAUGUGCCUUACCUGUAGCAGACAAUGACGACAGGACUGUUAACUUAGCGGGACAACAGAUAAGACUAGAAGGUCAGGUUACAAACUACUCAUUAGCCAUAAUAAGAUUUUCUAAAGUCCUGGGUAAUAUAUUGGACAGUAUCUUUAAAAGAGGUAUGACAGAAUCUAUCACGAAGCAAGUAUCUUUGAUUCAUGAAAAUGCAUUAGAUAAUUGGAGACAUGGUUUACCAAAGGAGUUGAUAUUCGAACUGGAUGUAAAUGGUACCAUUAACAUCGAUGAAUUUAACAGACUAAAGCAAAUGAAUGUCACUGUAGAACGUUCAGAAAACAUGACUCUUUUGGUAAUGUACUUUUUAGCCAAAUGUAUGAUUCAUUUACCAGUGGUAGCCACUAGGCCAUUGCCCACGAACGAUUCCAAUGACACUGGCGAAACUUCUAAUGCUACCUCCAACGGCAAUAAUGUACGUGCUAGAGAUCCUUCCACGGAAAGGAAUCAGGCGGCCGCCGACAGAUCUUCCUCAUCUUAUGUGCUUUUACAACAAGCCACUAAUACAAUGUUAAACGUUCUAGAAUCACUAAAGACACUUUUCUUACCGUUACCACUCAACAUUUCACGUACCAAGGCUCGUUUCGCAUUGUUAAGCGCUAGAGGCUCUUUAGAAUACACUAAGGGUGGUGCACUUUUCCUUGAUAACAAAUCGUUAUUACUGGACGUGAUAAAGGAUCUAGAAGAAGAUAGAAAAUUGGAUUUACCAGGUGUCAUCUCUUGGAACAGUUUGAAAUUACUCGAUAUGAGUAUUAAUCUGUUAUUACAGCCGCCCAACACUGAGGUCGGAAAGUUGGACAGAUUGUUGAAGAAGAAAUUGAACUACUACAAUAGACUCAUGGGUAGGCCGACGGUCAAGCAAGAACCGGCUUCAAAAGGUCACGAUCUGACUCCUGCAAGCUCCAAAGAUGAGGAGGAUACACCUGCAGCUAAGAGGAUUAAAAUAGAAGAGACUUCGAUUCCAUUAGCAGUGCCACAACAACAGCAACACAUGCAAGCACCAGCGCCAGUGAUGGUGCAGGAAAAACAACAACCCCAACCCCAACCUCAACCUCAACCUCAACCUCAACCUCAACUUCAGCCUCAACCUCAGCAGUUACAACUCCCUCAAACGGCUUUUGCAGAGGCUUUACAAUUAGAUCCAGUGCUUAACAGUAACGUUUCAUUCCAAAAUGCUCCACCAACAACACUGUACGAUGGACCUCACGACCAGCCACACCAGUACCAGCACCAUGCACAGACUCAACCGCAGGAUCCUCAUCUAGAUACAAGAAGUAGUGACAAAUUACAUGGUCUUUUUAAAGUACCUAGUACCGCGGAUUUCCUGAUGGAUGAUUCCGCUAAUUCUCAAUUAAACUUUUUACUGGGCACAACAGAACUAGGAGUUUUAGAUCCCUCACAACCAUCCUACACCAACAAUCCGGGUUCCGGUAGCGCAAUAGGCAUCAACAAUAUGCCUUCAGGUCUUAAUUUAAGCAAUUUAUUUGAUCUAGAGGGAUCUACAGACCAACCACCUACGAAUACAAAUGCAACUCAAGCUACUCAAGCCAAUUCUGGCGGAUUCAAUUUUGCAGUAGAUGCAUCACUAGGUUUAGCACCGCUUUUAGCAUGGACACCGGACCAUAACGGUAUUGUGCUUGAUGUUGUGGAAGAUGAAGAAGGCUCAAAUUUACAGCAGGGACAACAGUCACAAGAACAAAAUCAACAACAGCACCAGCUGGAUCAUAAUCUGAUGCAACCGCACAUGGAUAUGGACGUAGAUAUCGAUCAAGAUCUCAGCAUAAGAAGAAGACCCGACAGAUCCAGAGGAAGGGGAAGACCCCGCAAACAUGAAGAGAACCUGCAUGAUCUGUUCUGCUGGCAGAACUCUAAAUAA